GCCCACGCCUCCCGUCAAUCAAUCAUGAAGAAAAAGGAAAAGAAAAAGAAAAGAACCACCCAUCCAGCAGCAGUAGAGAGGCAGUAGCUGAGGAGGGAAGAGUGAUUGUGGUGGAGGCCGCGUCGGGCGCGGGGGGAAGGGGAAGAAGGCGAGGGCAAAGCGCGUCUCAAGGCGCUGGGGACGCCGCGGCUGGGCAUCUGCUGCUGUAUAGAGCUCCAUCGAUCCCCACUCACGCAGCAGCACUUCCAAAUUUCCAUUAGCUUUUGGAAAUCCAUACUAGAAGAUAGAUAUAUAGAUCUGCUGCUGCUGCUACAUCAGAAUCGCCGCUGCCUGCCUUCUUUGGGUUUCAUGUCGUUUUGAUUUAGGACAUUUAUCCAAGGAGACAUGAUAUCUCAGGGAGUUCAGAUCCAUAUACAGGAGGCCCUAAGCAGGAAGCCUACUAGAUCUACUGCUAUCCAGCCCCAGUUGUGAGACCCUCAUCUAGCUCGUCGCGGGCGGCUAGCCUAGCCCUGCCGGAGGGGAGAGGGGAGGAGCCGGUGUGGAAGGACUUGGAUGGCGAUGGUUCCUGGUUGAGGUUUCAGAAGGUCCAAGCUAGCUGAUAUAACAUGACUGCAGAAAAGCGUAUACCAUUACAUAUCUUACGUGAGAUUACAAAUGGAUUCUCAGAGCACUCAAGGAUUGGAAGGGGCGGGUAUGGAGAUGUUUACAAGGGAGUUUACAGUGGGAGAGAGAUUGCUGUGAAGUUGCUUCAUGUUGAUACGGUGCUAGGACAUGAUGACAGACAAUAUAUCAAUGAAGUUGGUAACCUUUUGAAGGUUAAGCAUCCAAAUAUUGUACAGUUACUUGGUUAUUGUUAUGAAAUACAGAAUGAACUAAUUGAACACAAUGGUGCAAAUCAUUUUACCCGACACGUAUAUAGAGUCCUCUGCUUCGAGUACUUGCAGGGUGGAAGCCUAGACAAGCAUCUUCGUGAAGAAUCUUUUGCACCUGAUUGGAGCACGCGUUACAAGAUUAUAAAGGGGAUUUGUGAAGGAUUAAAUUUCCUUCACAGCUGUGAACCACCAAUCUUUCAUCUUGACCUGAAGCCUGCCAAUAUAUUACUAGACAGUUCCAUGGCGCCUAAACUGGCGGAUUUUGGUUUGUCAAGGCUCUUCGGUGGAUCACACACUCAUGUCACAAACAGAGUUGUAGGAACCGAGGCGUAUAUGCCACCAGAAUUCAUAAAAGACGCCUAUAUCUCCCAUAAGAAUGAUGUCUUCAGUUUAGGUCUUGUGAUGAUAGAGAUAAUUAAAGGGUCUUCAGGUUACUCCGGUUAUAUAGAAACAGACGAAGUCGGGCAAUUUACGCAAAAGGUGCUUGGCAAUUGGAAGAAUAGGAUAAAGGCUACUUCGGAGUACCCAUUAGAGGAAUCACAUCAAGUGCAGAUAUGCAUUGACACAGCAAUGCGUUUUGUUGAACCUGACAGAAACAAUCGACCUAAUAUAGCAGAAGUUCUGGAUAUUCUGAGCAAGACAGAAACUCAUAUUCCCAAGAGACAGAUGGCAGAUGUGUUCCCGUGUCCAACAAUUGGUCUCAAGAGCGAGUCUAAUAUGUUGGAGAUGAUGGUAGCUGAACUAAACAAUAAUGAACAUAGACAUUGCAAUUUGAUGCCAACAGAUAACUCUAACCGUACUGUGCAGCAACUUGCUGACAGGGAAACAUCAUCAGAUGUGGAACAAGUAAUCAUCGGAAGGACCAAGGAAAAACAGAAAAUAUUGUCUAUUUUAUCCGAGAGCAUCACAGAAGAAAUGGUCAUCCUUCCAAUAUAUGGCAUUGGAGGCAUUGGCAAGACAACCUUGGCACAAUUGGUAUUCAAUGACCCAAAGUUUCAAGACUACACUCGGGUGUGGGUAUAUGUUUCCCAGGAAUUCAACUUGAACAAGAUUGGCAACUCCAUAAUAACACAGUUAACAGACAAGAUCAGCAAUAUACCUACCAAACAGAUGCUUCAUAAACGCCUCAAAGAGCUAUUUGAUGGUAAGAGCAUCCUUAUUGUUUUAGAUGACCUGUGGGAGGAGAACCCAAAAGAGUUAGAUAAAAUGAAGGUUAUGCUAGGGCUUGGCCUAGGAAGCAAGGUGAUUAUAGUAACUACACGUGAUGGAGGUCUAGCAAGGAAAUUUUGUAGUCCUGCAGUUGCACCAUACAAGUUGGAGACUUUGACCGUUAAUGAGUGUUGGACUAUAAUAAAACAAAAAGCUGACUUUGAAGACCGAAUCGACCAAGAACAAUUGGAGCAUAUAGGAAGGGAGAUUGCGACCAAGUGUGGAGGAGUGGCCUUAGCGGCCCAAUCACUUGGAUACAUGUUGAACGGCAUGAGGUCAGAUGAAUGGGAGUCGGUGAGAGACAGUCAUAUUUGGAAUCUUUCUACUUCUGUGGGCCAUGAAGUGCUUGCGUCCUUACAGCUGAGCUACAGCCACAUGUCUGCUUGGUUGAAGUUGUGCUUUUCCUAUUGUGCAAUCUUUCGAAAAGGUCAGACAAUAGCCAAGUAUGAUCUAAUUCACCAAUGGAUUGCUCUUGGAUUCGUUGAGCAAUCUAGGAUAUUUGAUUCUAUGCAGCUCUGCGAAAAUUAUGUCACUCAACUUUUGGGGAUGUCCUUCCUUCAAUAUUCAAAGAUACCUUGGGGUUAUACACAAGAAGACAAAUAUAUUACAUUCUUCACGAUGCAUGACCUAGUGCAUGAUCUCGCAAGAGAGAUUUUGGCCCAUCAACUUAACACUGAGGGAAACAAUUGCCGCUAUGCAUUGCUCACAGAUUGUACCAAGUCAUUGCAGCUGUCUGUGGCUUUUCCUGCAAAUAUAUAUUCGCUGCACUUUAGGGGCUGUUACGGACAAGAACUUUGUGAUGGUGCAUUCUCGUCAGCUAAGUGCCUCCGUGUUUUGGAUUUAAGUGAAUGCUUAAUUAAGAAGUUACCUGACUGUAUUGGUCAACUGAAGCAGUUGAGAUUUCUUCGUGCUCCAGGAAUCCGAUAUGAAAUGGUUCCCAGUUGUAUUACUGAGCUCUCACAGUUAAAUUACCUGAACCUUGGUGAUUCUGAUAAAAUCUCAGCACUGCCGGAGGCCAUUGGUGAUAUGACGCAUCUUGAUUUAUCAGGUUGUGUUGAAAUACGUGAACUUUCAAUUUCAAUAUCAUUCGCAGAGCUCAAGCAGCUGGUUCAUCUGGAUUUAUCACGCAGCAGUGUGUCUACAGCAGAAGCUUUGGGUGGCUGUACCAAACUUCAAUAUCUGAAUUUAUCAGGUAACAAGGAACAUAUCGGAAGGCUGUCAAAGGCCAUUAGCAAUCUAAUCAAACUCAGGUAUUUAAAUCUAUCGGGGUGCAUGAAUGCCAUGGCGCCGGCAUCAGAAAACGAAAUUGUCAGAUUGCUUGACUCUGUCUGUACUCUUUCUAAUCUAGAGCAUCUGGACUUGUCUAAGAAUAAAGCCUAUUCCAUCAGUAUACCAGAAAGUAUUGGCAACCUCAUGAAGCUUCAUACAUUGUACCUCUUAGACUGCACCAGAUUGAAGCUUCCUGCUGAUCUUGUGGUGCAUGCUUCAAGUGAUAAAUUUAGCAGCAAUAUCAGCCUGCUUUGUCUUGAAGUGCUGACGAUAUAUAGACUCGAAAAUGUGAAGUCUGCAGAAGAGGCACGAUGUAUAAAACGGACAAUGCUUCGAUGCCUUAAGGCACCUGCCUUUGUGUCUAUGACAUGUGGGCCCAACAGGUGGCUGGCCCACAUGUCAAUGACCCAAAGGCAGGUGCAGAUACAAAAAAUUAUAGAGCUAAGAUUUGAAUGGACUGUCGUGGGUGGGAGGUCUGUGGAUGACAAGGAGGUAUUGGAAAAACUAGUGCCACCAACCAGUGUGCAGAGAUUGUAUAUAAGUGGUUAUAGCAGUGUCAGCGUUCCUAAUUGGCUUAUGGGUAUCAGGCAGCAUCUCCCUAAUCUUUCUCAGUUAUAUUUCUGUGAUUUUCCUAACUGCAAUAACCUACCAUCACUUGGUCAACUACCAUACCUACGAGAGCUAGGUCUGUGCCGCAUGGAGAGCUUGGAAGAGUGGAACACGGCAUAUACCAGUGGCGAGCCUAAGCUUGGGGCAUUGACCAUAGAUCAAUGUGCCAAGCUGAGGAUAAAACCAUGUGCACCAAGAGCUACGGUUUUGUGGAUAAUAGAUUCUGAUAAUGUGCUAUCAUCAUGGGAAGAGAAUUUGUCACACGGUGGUGCUUCCUCUUCUCCAAUAACAAAACUGAUUGUCAAAAACAGCAAGGUGCCCUUGCAUCAGUGGAGGUUGCUUCACCAACUCCCUGCCCUCCGUGAUUUAACUAUCACCGGUUGCAGUGAUCUGACCACCUCACCUAAGAUCAUCCAACAGUUCUCCUCGCUUGUAUCAUUGUCCUUCGACCAGGCAGAAUUGCCGAGUUGGUUGGCCAAGGUGACAUCUCUGCAGAUCCUAAGGCUGUCUGUGUGCAGAAGCAUGACGUCACUACCGCAGUGGUUAGGAAAACUUGCCUCUCUCAAGGAAUUGCAGAUCAUGCGCUGUGAGGGGAUCAGGUCUUUGCCUGACAGCAUACAACAACUGACUAAGCUUGAACAGCUAACCAUCCGUGGCUGCCCUACACUAGUGAAAUGGUGUGAAUCAGACUCAGAGGAGAACAAGAUGAAGCUUGCUCACAUCAGAGGGAUCGUCCCAAGAUCAUUGAUGGCACAGGAAGAGGACACAACAAAGGCCAUUCUAGUAGCUCCCAUUCAUGGUACUACUGUGAUGGAUGAGGCGGAUCCGGAUGUGCUGUAUAGUGCUGUGAUGAACAUGCCCGGCUUUGCUGAGGAAUAUUUGUUAGUUGCUCUGUCUCAGCUGAUGGACAACACUGCCCAGGGCUCCGCAUAUAUGGCCAUGAGCGAGGAGGACCGGGUAUCAUGGCUCAUUAACUUCUUGAAAAAAUACUACUCCCCCCGGCCCCAUUUAAUUGACGCGACCCGCAAGCUAAGUGGUAAAGCACACGAAGUAUAGGUCGGGACAGUUAAUUAGAGCCAGAGGGAGUACUAAGUUUUAACUGUUGCUGGUUGGCGGUAAUUAUUUUGCAGCAUUAUGUGACUGUAAACAUACUGUAUGUUUUUUUGCUGUCAUAAGUGAAGAUAGACGAGAUUUACAGACUGCAAGUUUCAGUGCAACACCUACUGUUUUGUUGCAGCAUCGUUUUGUGAAAAUUGAGAAGAUAAAUCUCAAUUGUUUAUCCAGUUCUCUAUCCCACUCCCUUACUGUCGUUAACAAAGAGGAGAAAUGGGUGCAGAUGAUGUGCAGUUAGCAGAAAAAUGGAAUAUACUGCAUUUUGUAGCUAAUGUGGUGAUCCUGAAUCUUACUGGAUUUAUCCCGUUUCACAAGUGAUGGUAUGGCAAACUGUGAUGUGAGUAUAUACAUUUUGUAGUAGAUACUCUGUACUGCAUUUCUUGUUGGAUUGGCUCAUGCAUAAAUGUCUAGAUUUCCAUGUACUUUGUGUUUUAAAAUUUUUUUGUUGUGUUCAACUUUACCUUGUUAUAAAUGUCUAGGUUUAGGUGAGCGAAAGGAAGCUCACAUCAGUAUGCCCAGGGCUCUGCAUAUAUGGCCAUGACUGAGGAGGACCGAGUAUCAUGGCUCGUGAACUACCUGAAAAGAUACUAGUAAGUUUGAACUGUUGCUGGCUGGGGGUAAUUAGUUUAUAGGAUGAUGUGACUGGAAGCAAACUAUUUUUUUUUUUGCUGUUACUCCCUCCGUUCCUAAAUAUUUGUCUUUCUAGAGAUUUCAACAAGUGACUACAUACGGAGCAAAAUGAGUGAAUCUACACUUUAAAAUAUGUCUAUAUACAUCCGUAUGUGGUAGUCUAUUUGAAAUCUUUAAAAAGACAAAUAUUUAGGAACGGAGGGAGUAUAACUGAAGAUAGAUGAGAUUUACGGACUGCAAGUGUCAGUGCAAUACCUACUAUUUUGUUGUAGCGUUGUUUUAUGAAAAUUGAGAUAAUAAAUCUCAGUUGUUUAUUCAGUCCUCUAUCCCACAAAGAGGAGAAAUGGGUGCAGAUGAUUUGCAGUUAGCAGGAAGAUGGAAUAUAUUUGUAGCUAAUGUGGUGAUGCUGAAUCUUAUCGGAUUUAUUCAGUUUCACAAGUGAUGGUGUAGCAAACUGUGAUGUGAAUAUGUACAUUUUGCAGAAGUUACUUUGUACGGCAUUUCUUGUUGGAUUGGCUCAUGCAUAAAUGUUAAGAUUUCCAACUCUA